GUCCAGUUGUUUACGUUUUGGAUCUUGCAGAUCGACUGAUCUCAAAGGCAUGUCCAUUUGCUGCAGCUGGAAUAAUGGUGGGCUCUAUAUACUGGACAGCUGUUACAUACGGAGCUGUGACGGUGAUGCAGGUUGUGGGUCACAAAGAAGGUCUUGAUGUCAUGGAGAGAGCUGAUCCUUUAUUUCUUUUGAUUGGACUUCCCACUAUCCCAGUCAUGUUAAUAUUGGGCAAGAUGAUUCGUUGGGAGGACUAUGUGCUCAGACUGUGGCGCAAAUACUCUAAUAAGCUACAAAUUUUGAACAGCAUAUUUCCAGGCAUUGGAUGUCCUGUUCCUCGUAUUCCAGCAGAGGCCAACCCUUUGGCAGAUCAUGUCUCUGCUACACGUAUUCUAUGUGGAGCUCUAGUUUUCCCUACUAUUGCCACGAUAGUUGGCAAGCUGAUGUUCAGCAGUGUUAACUCAAAUUUACAAAGGACAAUCUUGGGUGGAAUUGCUUUUGUUGCUAUAAAAGGAGCUUUUAAGGUUUACUUCAAACAGCAGCAAUAUUUGCGCCAAGCUCACCGCAAAAUUUUAAAUUAUCCUGAGCAAGAAGGAGCAUAAGGCUGUGAUCUCCAGAUGGCAUACAGUCUCAUCUAACAGGUUUCCAUGUUGUAUUGGUUCCAUCAUUAUUGCACAGUAGUGGAGAAUUGUGAUAAGUUGCUGCUCCUAUUUUUUUUUUUCUUUAAAUAUAAUAAAGCACUGUCUUGUGGCAGGGUAAAUCCUUUCAGCAACCACUGAACCUAAGAAUGUGACUUGGCUUUCAUUAUUUUUGGGUAUUUCUGUUGGGCAACAGGCUUCUGAAGUAUUUUCUUUGAGCCAAUAUGCUGAAUGG